GUACAGGCUGUCAUAUGCCAUAUAUGGCUGGCUAGCUUUAGUCCUCCAAACACCUCUGUGGUUCCUACGUUACCAGGCAACGCUUUUGUUCUGCUCUCCACCGGAAGUGGCGUGCGGUACAACUGGCAGUAACCGGAACAACCCGGAUUUAUGUGCAGCCUGCUCUGUCGCGACUGAGAGAAGGAGGAAGAAAUCGCGACACGCAGUGUUUGGUGGCGGAGGAGGUAGUGGUGACCUAAAGAGCAAUUCUGGCAACAUGGCCCGUGGACAGCAAAAGAUCCAAGCUCAGCAGAAGAAUGCCAAGAAACAAGCAGAAAAGAAGAAACAUGGCAAUGAUCAGAAGGCCGCAGCUAAGGCUGCACUGGUAUUUACCUGCCCUGUGUGUAGGACACAGAUGCCAGAUCCUAAAACAUUCAAGCAGCACUUUGAAAGUAAGCAUCCAAAGUCGCCAAUGCCCCCUGAGCUAGCAGAUGUGCAGGCAUAACAGAAUCUUGAGAUGUGUCUUCGCUGAUGAAUGCACUGAAUAAAUUGGGUUUGGAAUCUUUGAGAGUGACUCCCAUUUUUGGCUGCCCUAUUACCUUCUCACCUUUCCUGUCCUAAUGGAACUAGUGAUGUGAGAAUUUCUGGACUUUGUUUUCACAACUACUAAUGUGUAGUAUUUUAUAAUCUUAAGUGUUUUCCCCCCUUUACACUAUAUUUUGUGCACAGGGUUUACUAUAGGAUGAGCUGCAGAGGUUGGGGCAAAUACAGCAACUAUUUUUUAACAGUCUGAUAAGUUUAUUAAUAAACUGUGGUGCUUUUGCUAAGGUAAAAUUGGAGCUGUUAUCUGAAUCUUUUGUUAAGCAGCUAUUCUGGGGUUACAGCAACAACUACUGGAAAGACAUCUUAAAAGAAAGGCAAAUCCAGUGCAUAGCUCUAUAAACCCAUGUUUUUUCCCUCUCUAUUGAACUUUCCCAUUCUGUGGCUGCAUCUUUAUCUCGGAAAGUAGGGAUUUCAAAGUGCCGACCACUGUCUUAGUUAACAAGCUGCCAAGUCUUUCCAUCGCAUGUUACUUUGCUCUUCACCUGCCAACACCUCCCAGACAAACAUGGAACCCCUCAGUAGGGACAUUACAAUCUUAUUUAUAAGGAGGCCCAAUUAUAUGACUGUGUGUACAGUGCAGUAUUGAAUUAUAGCCAAAAUGGCAAGCAUUGCUAGUAUAUGCCAUUCUUACAUGGAAAAAUGAAAGGUUACCUUUCCAGUGCACAUGGGCCAUAUUGGUUUUGAGUUACAAUUGCACCCCACCCAUAAAAGCGACUAUUUUAAUGUUCCAUUCCAUUUAAUGCCCUUACAAUCUGUAAGACCAAACCUUGUUCAUUUUAUUUUCUUCCUAGUUCUAAUUCAUUUAUUGCUGUGCUGUUCAACCCUAUGGAUUGAGUGGAGAAAAAUUAUGCUACUAUAUUUGUAUGACUCUUGGAACUUUGUGGUUCAUAAUGCCCUUAUCAUGCUUUUGCAGAAACUGUUUUAACUAGGAUUGUACCACUAAAGCAGCAGUACUCAAAAUGUCCACUGGAACAAGUGGCUACCUGGAAGGAAAAGGAAAUGUGCCAAAUGUGCUUUUGGUGUCUCCGGUGGCAUAACUCUGUUAAUUACAUACACAUAUUGCAAGAGUUUCAGGAAUGAAAGGGUCAGUGAAGUUUAGGUACAACAGGUCAUCUUUGGCAUUUACCUGUUUUCUUUACCUAAACAAUUCUCUAUGAUACAAUAUUAUUUAGAUAAUCAAUCUUUUUAACUUGUGCUAAGGAACAUUUCACUCAGCAGUCUGUUUCAUGCUCUUACCCUAAGGAAGGGGCUGACUUCUCAGUCCUUCCCUUCAGAGGUUUUAAUAUGUCUUUCAGAUGCAGUUAUAAAUAAAGAGGUAUUUUGUGUAACUGCCAAAAAAAAACUUUCUGUAAUAAAAGCUUAAUUUGAAAUGUA